UUGGAGUUCGGGGAUUGCAUUCCAGGUGCGGAUGCUGGCGGCACACAUCCGCUCAAUCUGGGGGUGCUGGGUAUCCUGGGAAUCUGGUGGGGACCAGCGUGGGCCAAGGUGGGGGCAGAGCGCACGCCCUGCAGGACUUUGCCUGGAGCAUUCCUUUGCUUCUUUUGCAAGACUGGGAGUGGAGCUCUGGGAGUCCUGAAUGCCAGGACUGCCUGCCUCACCUUUUGGACGUCUUUGGUGGCAAAAGCACUGCCGGGACUUAGGAGAUCUGGAUCUGGUUGUGGGCUCUGCCACCCACUCACUCACCUUUCACUCACCUGGACGGGUUUCCUCAGCUGCAAAAUGCCUUCCUCAGGUUCCUGUUGACUGGGAUGUUCUGUAGAUGCAUGGCUGUGUCAAGGUGUGCAGGAGGCCAUCGACCAUGAGCUGUCCACAGGGCAGGCUAGUGGAGUGCCCUGGAGAUGGGCACCGAGCCCACCCAACAGUGGCAACCUGGGAUCCUUGGUCUUUCAUGCUCUGGAGACAAGGAGGAGGUGUGAGGGCAGAUGAAGUAGUGAGCACUCAAGGUGAAGGUGGACUUUGGCCCUGGACCCUACAGGCUUCCAUUGCUGGUAUCAGAGGGGAGAUGAUCCUGGCAGCCACCAUCGACAACUCCCGGGUCAUCCUGGAGAUUGACAACGCCAGGCUGGCGGCCGACGACUUCAGACUCAAGUUUGAGAACGAGCUGGCUCUGCGCCAGGGCGUAGAGGCUGACAUCAACGGCCUGCGCAGGGUGCUGGACGAGCUGACCCUGGCCAAGACCGACCUGGAGAUGCAGAUCGAGGGCCUGAAUGAGGAGUUGGUCUACCUGAAGAAGAACCAUGAGGAGGAGAUGAAGGAGUACAGCAGCCAGCUGGCCGGCCAGGUCAACGUGGAGAUGGACGCCGCACCGGGCGUGGACCUGACCCGGAUGCUGGCGGAGAUGAGGGAGCAGUACAAGGCCAUGGCGGAGAAGAACCGCCGGGAUGCAGAAGCCUGGUUCUUCAGCAAGACAGAGGAGCUGAAUAAGGAGGUGGCCUCCAACACAGAGAUGAUCCAGACCAGCAAGACAGAGAUCACAGAACUGAGACGCACAAUGCAGGGGCUGGAGAUUGAGCUGCAGUCCCAGCUCAGCAUGAAAGCCGGGCUGGAGAGCUCUCUGGCGGAGAUGGAGUGCCGCUACGCCACGCAGCUGCAGCAGAUCCAGGGCCUCAUCAGCGGCCUGGAGGCCCAGCUGAGCGAGCUCCGCAGUGAGAUGGAGUGCCAGAACCAGGAGUACAAGAUGCUGCUGGACAUCAAGACGCGGCUGGAGCAGGAGAUCGCCACCUACCGCAGCCUGCUGGAGGGCCAGGACGCCAAGAUGGCUGGUAUUGGCACCAGAGAAGCCUCCCUGGGUGGUGGCAGCGGCGGCAAAGUCCGCAUCAAUGUUGAAGAGUCAGUGGAUGGAAAGGUGGUUUCUUCUCGAAAGAGAGAAAUCUAAAUACCCAGUGCGAGAGAGACGCCCCCGCCACCCCAACCCUCCCCACGCUGAGUGGACAGCUGGCCAGAGGGGCCAGAAGGGCAAACUCUAGACCCAGAGGGGUCCAGCUCCAGGGGUCCCUUGUCUCCUAGUUGGCUGCUUGGCAUGCUCUCCCUGCGCCCCUCCCCAGCCUUCCCACCUCCUUUAGAGCAGGAAGGUGCAGGAAACCACAGUAUUGUGUAACAAGGUCGUUUGUACCAUGUCUAGCCAUGCAAUAAAGAAUUGCUUUUCCUUUUGCAAAUA